UUUAAAGUUAACCUCAAAUUAAAAUCAUAUCAUACACAUAUGUAAAACAUAUAUGGUAUACAAGAAUUUGAAUGUGUGAGUGAUGUGCAGAAGCACCGCGCCGGCGACUUUUCGAAACGAAAAACGCCUGGUUAAUGAAAGGCUCUUGACUCAUCCCCACUACCCAAGUUUCACCUCCUGUCUCUAGCCUUCUUGGAUGAGAUUAAUCAGAAAAAUGAUUUACUUAUAUUAAAUAUGGAACUGCAAAGAACGGUCAUAGGACAAUUUUCAAAUUUAAAUUCAAAUCUAAAAGAACUGACGUCUGAGGUUGUAGAAGCAGCAAAUAUGACUGGAAAGGAAUGCGCGGACAGAAUUGGUUCCAUUAAAGAGAAUGAGAUACAUCUUGGUCGAAACGUGUGGAUAAAAAAAAUGGUCUAUGACGCAAUCAAGGGGAAGUCCCGGAUAACACCAGCUCUAUUUGUUAAGGAAAUGGCAUUGGCUGUCUUUGGAGCAAACACACUUUUAGUUAGCACAAUAACUGGCAAUACUUCAAACCGAUCAAAAAGUAAAAAGAUCACUAAUGCAGAACAGGAAAUUUUGAAAUUAGAUCCAGUUAAAUUGAUGGCUAUUAGAGAUAUAACGUUUCACUGGAUGACAAUAGAAUUAAAGAAAGAUGCAUCUGCAGCAGAAAUGGAAAGAUUGAAAGUUAGUAAAUAUAUUUCACAUAAAAUAAGUGAAUUAAAACGAACUAUUAACAAAACCCAAGGAUCUGUUGAUAUUGCAGAUAAUGAUACAGCUGAAAAAGAAGUAAACGGAAACAAUGUUACUAAUACCGAUAUAGGAACUGAUGUGAUAACUGAUGAGAUAACCAGCGAGAUAACUGAUGAGAUAACCAACGAGAUAACUGAGACAGAUGAUAAUUACAGUUAUAUUGACAGCGACGAUGAAUAUCAAAGUAGUAGUGAAGCUGACAGAAACAUUGAAAAUGGCAGUGAUAAAGAUAAUGAAGAUAACAACAGCGAUAUCCCAGUAAGAAACGAAAAAUUGAAAAGUAUUAAAAAGAUUCUAUUCUUUUGAAUGCCAUUUCUGUCCAAUACUUUUCUAUACAGUGAGAGCAAUAUAAAUAGUAACGAUAUCAAUCCUCUUGAAUA